ACUUGAACUGGAUUUGGGAAAGGUGAAACAGACUAAACUUGAUCAAAUUCAUUCAUCCAAAAAUAUCUUAUAAAACCACCAGUAGGCAGUAGCCAUCAUCUUCUGUUUGAUAAGGCCAUCAUUUUUAUAUGUCAUAGAAUGGGCCAAUCAAAUUGAUUGUUACUCUCCUUUUCUUCUUUUUCUCUAUCUGUAGACUAUAUAUACCUUCAAGAUUCCUUCAUUUCAACACCACAAUUGGAAAGCUCAAAAAGAAGCUAAAAUGGCCAUGACUUUGAAGUCUUUAACAACUCCUUUGUUUUUGGGUGCUUUCUUUAUCCUUAUCUUACAGGUUGCUGCAGAGAAGCCAAUAUCUGAAGCUAAAGUUGAAUCUGCAAUCCUUCAAGACUCGAUCGUCAAACAUGUCAAUGAGAACCCCAAAGCUGGAUGGAAAGCUGCAUUCAACCCUCAAUUAUCGAAUUUCACGGUCUCCCAAUUUAAGCGUCUUCUUGGAGUUAAGCCUGCAAGAGAAGGUGAUUUGGAGGGAAUUCCUGUUGUAACUCAUCCAAAACUUAAGGAGUUACCAAAAGAGUUUGAUGCACGAAAGGCAUGGCCUCAAUGUAGCACAAUUGGAAGAAUUCUGGAUCAGGGACAUUGUGGUUCUUGUUGGGCUUUUGGUGCUGUUGAGUCGCUAUCUGAUCGUUUCUGUAUCCAUUAUAACUUGAGUAUCUCUCUGUCUGUAAAUGAUGUCUUAGCAUGCUGUGGCUUCUUAUGCGGGAGUGGUUGUAAUGGUGGAUAUCCUAUAUCAGCAUGGCGAUACUUUAAACGUAGGGGAGUGGUCUCAGAAGAGUGUGAUCCUUACUUUGAUAAUGAGGGAUGUUCCCACCCUGGUUGUGAACCUGCAUAUCCCACCCCAAAGUGUCAUAGGAAGUGUGUCAAGGACAAUCUACUAUGGAGGAAAUCAAAACAUUAUAGUGUCAAUGCAUACAGGGUCAGCCAUGAUCCUCAAAGUAUCAUGGCAGAAAUAUACAAGAAUGGACCGGUCGAGGUCUCUUUUACUGUAUACCAGGAUUUUGCUCACUAUAAGGCAGGAGUUUACAAGCAUGUAACUGGGCAAAGUAUGGGAGGCCAUGCUGUUAAGCUUAUCGGAUGGGGAACUAGUGAGCAAGGAGAGGACUAUUGGCUCAUUGCUAAUUCUUGGAAUAGAGGCUGGGGUGAUGAUGGUUACUUCAAGAUUAGAAGGGGAACAAAUGAAUGUGGCAUUGAACAUAAUGUGGUGGCAGGAUUGCCUUCAGCAAGAAAUUUGAAUGUGGAACUUGAUGAUGCUUUCCUUGAUGCCUCAAUGUAAAAUGAUAUUUCUUCUACUAGACACUACAUAAUACUAGCAAUAAUAUAUGAUGCCGGGACGAGAAAAACUUAUGAACUUGCAUAUUUAUCUCGUCGAUUUAAUCUGUAUAAUAAUUCAUAAUUAAUACUUGUUGCAAUAGUCACUUUUCAGUU